AUGGCAUCAACGAAUGCAGUGCAUCUGAACGGGUCCUCAAACCAGUCAUCAACGUCCAAUCUUAAAUCCUCGCGACCGUUAUUCUCACAGCCCCUGUCGCUCACUCUUUAUCCGUUGACCCUUCUACUGGGCUCUUUGUAUUCGUUGAUAUCCCCAACCGCAAAGCCUUCUGCCAACCUGUCCUCGUUAUCGACUCAUGCACCAGACGCAGACAUAGACCCGGUGAAUUAUUUUGCGCAAAAAAAAAAUAUAUUCAAUGUAUACUUCGUCAAGAUUGGAUGGGUUUGGACUACAUUAGCCUUCAUAGGUCUGCUCUUGACGCAGCCAUCCUUUACCAGCAGGUGUUUGUCUCCAAACACUCGACUACGAAGAGUGGGACAGGCCAUUUUCCGCUAUGCUCUUGUGACGACUUCCUGGUGGUUGACAACGCAAUGGUUUUUUGGUCCUGGUAUUAUUGACCGCAGUUUUAUUGCUACGGGAGGUAGAUGUGAAGCGCCUAUUCCCUCAUCCGCCGACCCAAUAUCUGAAUUGGCCGUGGUAUUGACGGCCACGGCAUGCAAGGCAUCCGGUGGGGCUUGGACUGGCGGCCAUGAUGUCAGCGGGCAUGUUUUCAUGCUUGUUCUUGCGAGCGCUUUCUUGCUUAUUGAGCUGCAAGGCAGGUCAUCCGCAGGGGAAGUGGAUGGCAGUAAGGACAAGUAUCAAGGGACCGUCGAAGAGUUUCCAUACGCAGAAAGAUGGGGGCGAUAUUUCGUGCUAGCUGUUGCUAGUCUCAGCUGGUGGAUGCUGCUUAUGACAGCGAUGUGGUUUCACACAUGGCUUGAAAAGGUAACUGGCUUGGUAAUUGCACUCGGUGUAGUAUACACUAUAUACUUCCUCCCCGGAACACUAGAGCCAUGGAGAAGCAUUGUUGGAAUACCCGGUCGAUAA